AUGUGAAACAGCUAGCUUAGUUAGCGGUGGUUCGCGCUAAAUAGCGUUUCAAUCGGUGACGUCACUUGCUCUGAGACCUUGAAGUAGUAGUUCCCCUUGCUCUGCAAGGGCCGCGGCAUUUGUGGAGCGAUGGGUAACGAUGCUUCGUGGUUGACCGUUGUUGAUGUGUGUAGAUGGUCCCUGGUAUGGGCGAGGGGACGGUCUAAAUUUAUACUGUUACACACACACCCUAUGUUUUUUAAUAAAAUCAACUAUAUUAUUGUCUGAUGCUGUUUGAUGAAAUAAGACACAAAUUACUCAAGAGGGAGCCAGAGAUGAAGAGAGAAACGACUAUCCUCCUCCUGCUGGCUUUCGUAGAUUCUGCCAUUACUCUCUUGAAGUUGCCGGUAAUAGGCUACACGAGGAGUCGGCAACCUUUCUCAUGUGGAAUGCCAAAUUUAUCUUACCAUUUCUGACGAACUGCUUGCCACUUAUGUUUUUCAUAUGCACUUUUUUGUGGAACAGUUUAAUUUAAUUUAUAACACCUUUGAAUCUCAAAAUCAUUGUCAUGUGGUUAAUCAAAGUUGUAAAUGACAAUGAUAUACAAACCUAAAAGUAUUGCCAAUGCCAACGAUGUAAAAAUAGCCUACAUAAAGCCAACAAAUAAAAACAUUGCAGCCUGCAGGUAGAAAAUAUCUUGAUAAAAAUAAAUAUCCUAUAAAUCACAUUGGCUACACAUGGCUUGUCUGCAACGAACUUGAAACAUUGUAUCAACUAGUUGUGUCCAGCCUGAAGCUCUUGCUAGCAAACUUGGAACAUUGUAUAAAAUAUUUUGGGCACUCAGAAUUUACUGCACCAGUGAGCUCGGGACAGACACAGCUGUAUAAGAUCUCAUCAGGCAGAUCUGUUUUAUGACGUUUCCACUCGAUCAGAGCAUGACCUUGUUCCCUUUCACACCAAGUGGUUAUCGAAAGAUUUUUCUAAUACAUUGAGGAAAUAUUGUCAUUCUCAAUGAAUGUAAAAAUAGACUUUGUUUGCUUGCUGUUUGAGGGGAAGAAAGCUCCACAGCUCAUUAGUUGUGAUGCGUUAAGCCAAUCAGAAAUACUAUCAGAUCCUCUAAUGAGAACAUUUAUAUGCCUACAUUUGUGCGCAGGCCAGGUAGCCUAUAGGCCUACUUCUAUGCGUAAUCAGGUGCGUGUCCUUACUCAACAUUUGACCGUAGUGCUUCAAACAAAAGACAAUGGACUAAAUUGACAAAACUCGUAAAUGGAAGGAAAUAAACCAAAACUUGUUUCUCACAAGUGUAGCAUAGGUUGUGGGCUCUGCAAACAACAUGUCCACUCUGACAAUGAGAAUGGUAAAAGACUGGACUAAUAAUAUAUUGAAUGCAUUAACAGAAAUUACCAUAACCAUACAAACAUUGUAAAUUAGGAGUUGUUGGUAAAUGUAGGCUACUACUGGUUAUAUGUAAUGGGGAAUUGAUAGACACUAACAAUCAAGGCAAACGAUUCACACAAUGAGGUUAUGAAACAAUGAACGUGCACAAAUUGGCGGGUGAGAUACUUGUGUUGUGCAUCUUAGCCACACUCCCCUUCUUCUUUUGGACUGUGCCAUCCCUGCGGCCUCCGCAAUGGAUUAGUUCACUGAGAUGGGCGCGAAUCCGACAGGUGUCUCGUGCCAUAAAAUGUUUUAUAUAUAUAUAUAUAUUUGCUACUGCUUGACAAAAACAAUCUCGGUCGACCAACAGCCUAUCGACCAAACGAUCUACCAGUCGACUAAUUGGGGUCAUCCCUACUUACAUCACCAGUUUACAUGGAGCAUGUCUGUGUGGACUGCAAGAAGAACUUCUGUGGCCGCUGCUCGGUGCAGCUGGAGCCGCCAUGCCCGCGCCUCUGCCACACCUGUCAGCGAUUUCACGGAACCCUCUUCGACCGCGCCCAGUUGAUGAGACUCAAGGUGCGGGAGCUGCGUGACUACCUCCACCUGCACGAGGUGCCCACCCAGACGUGCCGGGAAAAGGAGGAGCUGGUUGAGCUGGUCUUGGGCCAGCAGACCCCCAGCACCAGCAGAAGCAGUGAGACCGUGUCCUCCCAGCCCGGGGCUCACAACAAUGUCCCCUCCCCAGACACACCGUCCCCUCCCCAGACACAGGGCCCUACCAGCCCCGACACAUUGAGCCCAGAGCAGCCAGAACAAUCAGCCCCUGAGGCAGAAUCAGAGCAUAUCUCUGAUGAGGAGGAAGAAGAGGAGGAGGAUGAGGAUGAAGAGUCAUCGGACAGCGAGGAGACCCUGAUGCCCGGCCGCAGAGCCUCUCUGUCUGACCUGAGCCGCGUGGAGGAUAUCGAGGGCCUGAGCGUGCGCCAGCUCAAGGAGAUCUUGGCCCGCAACUUUGUCAACUACAAAGGCUGCUGCGAGAAGUGGGAGCUGAUGGAGAGGGUCACCCGCCUCUACAACGACCAGAAGGACCUCCAGAACCUAGUUUCAAAUACAAAAAAUGAAGAAGACCCUGCAGCUCCCAAGAGCCAGGAAGAGAACCUCUGUCGGAUCUGCAUGGACUCUCCCAUUGACUGUGUGCUGCUGGAGUGUGGCCACAUGGUCACCUGCAGCAAGUGUGGCAAGCGCAUGAGCGAGUGCCCCAUCUGCAGACAGUACGUGGUACGGGCGGUGCACGUCUUCAGGUCCUGAUGCAUGGCCACAACGAGGGACACAGUGGAUACCAAGGACAACAUGGCAUUGCUGCCACCACUGCUCAGAGAUGGCAUAUUUUACAAGAAUACACUCCUCUGUAAUGCACACUUUCACUCAUUCAAUCAGUCUUCCUCUUGCCGGGAUUCCAGAGAAAUAACCUGCCUCCUCUUUUCUGGGUUCUCUGUUUUUCUACUCCACCUGAACCUAUUGUUUCUACACUUUCAGCAUUUUACAAGACCUCAAUAUUUCAGUACUAUAACUUUAUUGUUCAAAAGAGUUAGGUAUCAUGUAUUCACAUUGGUGCCAGUCAGACACCAAACUAUAUUGGCACUUUGCAUGGGAGGGCAGCAGUACCUUUUCAAAUUCUGAGGUUAUUGGGUAGAGAUCAUGUUUAUUUCAACCCCACACACAGGCAAGGUUAUAUUGCAUUUUUCUGUCUUUGCAUUUGUGUGCACAGGGAAACAACUGAGUUCCAUAGCUGAGAAACACAGGGCCUUACUAGAGAGGGCAUCGACUAACAAGCAAACGUAUUUGUUCUAGCAAUGAAUGAGCGGCAGCGUAGCCUAGUGGUUAGAGUGUUGGACUAGUAAUCGGAAGGUUGCGAGUUCAAACCCCCGAGCUGACAAGGUACAAAUCUGUCGUUCUGCCCCUGAACAGGCAGUUAACCCACUGUUCCAAAGGCCGUCAUUGAAAAUAAGAAUGUGUUCUUAACUGACUUGCCUGGUUAAAUAAAGGUCAAAUAAAAAAUAAAAAACAAUUAAAAUGAAAUGCUGAAUCUUGGUAAGAGAGGGAACAUGUUAGGCUACUCUGUUAUGCAUAUCAAUAGCAAAACAGAGUGGCCAGAAUGGUGCUAUUUGACUAGUGAUUAACAACACGCGUAACAGAAUGGCCAAAAUGGUGCUAUUUGACCAAUGGAAGCAACACUCAGGGCCCCAUUUUGACAGUGCAAGUAAGCGGUGUGUGUCGAGACCAAAAUAUCCAAAACCGUUUAUUUCAAACCUUAUCGCCCCAAGCAAGGCUUGGAUAUGAACGUGCUAAUAUUUGAUGCAUGGAAUGCAGUAGUUGUGAAAUUGGUGCAUUAAGUGCAGCACGGAGUACUUGAAGUGGUAAGGUCUGUUUUGCGCCCUCCAGUUGUCACACUUAAAGUUCAGUACCUGCAAACCAGCUGUUCUGUUAAUUGGUUUUGUGGUCCAGAGAGCUAUCUUUAGGUUGCAGUGCACUUGCUAAGCAUAGAACCCAGGCCUUAUCUGUCUUAUUGGCAAUCCUUCAGACACAUCUGUGUGGUGGAUGAACAUAGCAUCUUAGGAGUGGAAACAGCCCUUUAAACACAAGAGUCUGCUUGUAGCUCACUGAAAGUACUUGAGGGUCAAGGAGGGGAUAAUGCUUGGCUUCAUUCGCCCUUUUAUGGUCAAAUUACCCUUUUAACUUGCAGAUAUUGUAUCAAAACUGGAACAGAACACGCAUUGACUUGACGGUAAUAGUUAAUAGUUCUUUAAAUGAGCCACAAUGGGGAUCUUUUCUGAAAUGUAAACCCGACACAGUAGAUUUGCAGUUUAUUUUUUAUUCUCUGGGGGUCAUAAAUUGUUUGAAGUUGGUUCCAUGACCUUAGCCCAAAUGAGUUUUGGGGUAAAGAGAACUGACCUCGUUAGCAGAAUGUCUCCAUUCCAAGGCUCUCACCACCUCUCUCUUAUCAGCAAGUGCCCCAGAACAGAGUGUUCAUUAACUUAGCUGACGUAGUGCACUGAAUACAGUAAUUUCCUAAUGACGAGUUGAUUAAAUGUAUCUACUAGUUAAAAAGAAAAAAUCUGUUUUCUGCGAAUUGACUUUGUUUGUGUUUUAAAAGCUAGAAUUGAUAAUUGAAACAAUAACAAAGAGCCACCCCGCCUCUGUUUCAGUAUAAAGCUGAGGGAUGGACAUGGAGAAAUGCAACCACUCUCAGAUUCAGAGACAGAGCUAAGGACUGACCAUCCAUGAUAUCAAAGUUAUAGUUUUAACCAGGUUUUAAGGCUAUACAGUGUUUGUUUAGAUUUACAUAGUUUAUACACAUUGAAGUAAAACAAGCUUAUAUUUUGGAUUCUCAUGGGGUAUGACAAGUUAAUCUAAGCUCAUGAGGUAUUUAUACGUUAUAAUCUUCAAGAAUCAAUGGGUAUAUAUCAUUCAUUAAAUGGAUGUAGCAACUAAGGAUUCGAGCUUUAAGGAGGAUCUUGGUUAAUUCUAUUCCAACUCUAGGCAAUUCAGUAAAUGGAUUGAGAUUGAAUUUAUAUGAAAUUAGAGGCAAUUUUAUUACAGUGCAUUUCUCAAAUUGCCUGGAAUUGAAAUGGUUUGGCAGCCCUCUGCAACUUUUUAUGGAACAUGUUUUAAAAUUAUAGAGAAACAUAAUGGUUUGCAUUUAAAUGGUCUUUCUACUGUAUAUCUUGUUUUAUAGCUAAUGAAUGUACCAUAAAACUGAUCAUGAGGAAAAUGCACUUAUACUAAUUAAUGUGUCUGUUUUAGGGAAUGCGUAUCCACUGGGAUAGACUCCGUUUAUCCCAGAUACUUGGUCUGCCUGAACUGAAUGUAACUGGUUUAAGUUGUUUACAAUAACAAAACCAUUUCUUACUGUGACUGCCAAAUUGCCAAUAUCGCAAAUAGAUUUUACACUAGUCCGUUUGAUAUGUCUUUUGUUAAUAACUAUGCUAAUAUCAUGCAAGAACAAUAUGAAUCAUCUCAUGUAGUUUGUAGAGAGCAGGUGAAACAAGAUAUAUCAGUGUCGUGAGACUAGAUCUGGAUCUUUUCACAAACAUCCCGUCACCCAUCUUGUUUUUGUCCUGGACAUCAGUUUAUACAAGCCAGGCCGUCAGUCAAGUCAGUUCUCUCUGAGGAGUGUUUUCUGUGCAUGUGAAAACGUGUGUAUACAUUUAGCGAAACCCAACCCAAGAUCUAAACAUUCCAAACAGUAGAAUGUACCUUAACAGAACACUCUUCAACAAAGAAAGCUAAUAUUUUCCACAUAUACUAUAGCCCAUGUACAUGUGUAAUGCUCCUUGAGGACCUGAUUUAAAGGCAAGGGCUGAUAGAGGUUCAGUGCAGAUGUGUUUGAUCUCUAUCAAAUAAUUUCCGGGUAACAAUUAAGUACCUGAUUGUUAAGUACUGAUUGCUUUCAUUUAAAAUUGUCUAAAAUAAAUAAAAAUAGCUUUUUAGCAAAGAGCAAUUUCUCAAGCAAGAAUUUUGCUAGGACUCUGGGAGAGGUAUGAGUGGGGAGGGGAAAACUGAAAAUGUUAUUAUUGGCAGAGGUUUGGAACUUAACUAAUUUACCCCAUGGUGAUGACACCAUGGAAGGCAAAAACUCCCACCAAAACAGGCUAAAACUUCAGGUGUUUUUUUUCAGACAGCUCUUACACUAAAAGGGUUAUAAUUUUCACACAGUAUUAUUCCAACCUCAUAGUGGAAAUGCGUAUAUAUAAAACAAAGGAAUAUCAUGUUUUUGAUAAUAACAGUAUAUGAACUGUGUAGCAGAUAACUAAUUAGAAUAUUUCAAGAAAUGUCUUCUAAAUAUUGCCUUCUUCCUGAUGGUAUUUCAAUGGCUUUAAAAGGCACAAGAUAAAACCUUAAUGUCAUGUGUGUGUGGGAUGUUGGUGUCCCUAGUCUGCCAUGAGAGUCCUGUAGUUCUUAUUGCUGUCUGAGGACCUAGAUAUUAAUAUCAAUUUGUUAUUGGUGACUUUAAAAUGGAGGUGUUUUGGUAUUUGGAAGACUAAUCAAUCUACUAUUGUGAAAUGUUGGACGUGUUUAGAAAAAUCAGACAAUCUAUCAUAUCUGUGAUUCUUUAACAGUGAGUUAUAAUUUUGGCAAAUGCCUUGCUAUGGAGAGUUGUGCUAAAGGUGAUUAACAACACCUCCACUAGUUAUUAGAUAAGAACAAGGAAAUGAGUCUGCACUAUCCCACCCCAGGGGGAAAAAGGGUCAUUAUUAGUAUAUGAAGUUCAACUUUAAUGGAAAGAUUUGCAUGUGUUUUUUUGGGGGGGGAAAGGAAGACUGCUCUGACAAAAGGCAGUUUGAAAACACAGAAUGACUCAUAACUGUAUGUGUGGAGAAUUAUUUGUGUUUCGUAUACUCUGAUGAUUUAACUUUGUUCAACAACUGUGAAAUUGUAUAUAAUAAUCCCAUGCGACAGUAUCAUUUUAAAUAUUAUUGAGCGUGUUGUACAUUUGUCAAAUUACUAGCAUGGACUAUUGCCUUUGUUGUAGUUUAAAUAUGUAUUCAGUAGUAUUGGCUAAAUGAGCUAAAUGCUGGAUCAGUUCUUAACUACAAUGGAAGCUAAUAGGAUUUAUAAAUCAGAAAAACCUAUAUUUUUGAAAAUGUAUUAAACAUAUUGAUGUUCUUGUGCA